UCAUUAUGUCAUAAAUCACAAAAGCUUAAAAUACUUUCUUGCGAUUAGCCAGUACUUCUUUGAUCACGGACUUGAACUUCACCGUGCUGAAAAGAAACAUCAAAUAUGAAAGCAAUUAUUAUCGUGCUCGCCAUUUCUGUCAUCGCCGUUUUGGGACAACUCACAGAUGAACAAAAAGCAAAAUUGAGAGAGCAUAAAGAAUCUUGUAUCAGUGAAACUGGUGUCGAUUCAACCCUAAUUGAAAAUGCAAAAAAAGGAGAUAUAGCUGAAAAUGACGAAAAACUUACUUGUUUCGCUGACUGUUUGUUAAAGAAAAUCGGAAUUAUAAAUGCAAAUGGAGACAUUGAUUGGGAAGUAGCUCGUGCUAAAAUGCCACCAGGCGUAUCGCAAGAACAAGCUGAUCAUAUACAUAAUGUGUGCAAAGACAUUACUGGAACUGGUUGCGAGAAAGGAGGCAAUCUGUUUAAAUGUUUCUUGGACAACAAACAUUUUCAUCUUUUGUCAUAAGAAAAUAAGACCAAAUUCCACAUGAAAACUUAAAUAAAUCUAUUAGAUUUAUUAGAUGAUACA